AUGGCGGUCACCAUGGAUUCUGUCAGAGAAAAAGCCCUUCAGGAUUAUCGAAAAAAGCUCUUAGAACACAAGGAAGUCGAAUCACGUCUUAAAGAAAUGAGAGAACAUCUCAAAGAUCUGACAAAGCAAUAUGACAAAUCUGAGAAUGACUUGAAAGCAUUACAGAGUGUUGGACAGAUCGUUGGAGAAGUGCUGAAACAACUUACUGAAGAAAAAUUCAUAGUAAAAGCAACAAAUGGUCCACGUUAUGUUGUUGGGUGUCGACGUCAACUAGAUAAGAACAAACUAAAAUCAGGGACCAGAGUUGCUCUGGACAUGACAACUCUUACGAUUAUGCGUUACUUGCCACGUGAGGUUGACCCAUUAGUUUAUAACAUGUCUCACGAAGAUCCCGGGGACGUGACAUAUUCUGCAAUUGGUGGUUUGAGCGAGCAGAUACGCGAACUACGCGAGGUCAUAGAAUUACCAUUAUUGAAUCCUGAACUUUUUCAAAGAGUUGGUAUUACCCCUCCCAAGGGAUGUCUGCUGUAUGGUCCUCCAGGUACUGGAAAGACGCUAUUGGCAAGAGCUGUUGCCAGUCAAUUAGAUGCGAAUUUCUUAAAAGUUGUCUCCAGCGCUAUCGUCGACAAGUAUAUCGGAGAAUCAGCCAGACUGAUUAGAGAGAUGUUUAAUUAUGCUCGUGAUCACCAACCUUGUAUAAUAUUUAUGGACGAAAUCGAUGCUAUCGGCGGCCGUAGAUUUUCGGAAGGAACGAGCGCUGACAGAGAGAUCCAGCGAACUUUGAUGGAAUUGUUGAAUCAGAUGGACGGAUUCGAUUCCUUGGGUCAAGUUAAGAUGAUAAUGGCUACGAAUAGACCCGAUACUUUGGACCCUGCAUUAUUACGGCCGGGAAGGUUGGACAGAAAGAUUGAGAUACCGCUGCCCAAUGAACAAGCUCGCUUAGAAAUCUUGAAGAUCCAUGCCUUGCCGAUCGCCAAACACGGUGAAAUCGAUUACGAGGCCGUGGUCAAACUCUCGGAUGGAUUCAACGGUGCUGACUUGAGAAACGUGUGCACGGAGGCUGGUCUGUUCGCGAUACGAUUAGAGAGAGAAUACGUGAUACAGGAAGAUUUUAUGAAAGCCGUCAGGAAGGUUUCUGACAAUAAGAAACUUGAAUCCAAAUUAGAUUAUAAGCCUGUAUAACUUGAUAUUCUUUGCUAUAUUCUAUAUUCUAAAAGUGACAGUAAAUGUCUAUUUAAUUUCUCUAACGGUCCACGUCGGAUCAUUCGGAGUAUCGCUUGGCUAUAUUUCUUGAUGAGGUCUCUUCUAUAAAAGUUAGCUCAGCAUUAACCUUAAUAAAUUUGUACGAUACGAUAACAUUAGUACAAUGCGAGAUGACUGAGGUAAAAUAAAUGUACACUUUCCUUUGUGUUUAACAUUA